CGGACGAAAGCGCACAUGCAGGUGCAGAACGCGGUCAUGUUCAGUGGCAAAACGCUGAUUCGAGCAGACGGCAGCGAACACUCGGCCGACGAGGUCCUGCGCGACGCCAAAGUGGUGGCCCUGUACUUCUCGGCCCACUGGUGCCCGCCUUGCCGUCACUUCACACCCAUCCUGGCCGAGGUGUACGCCGAGGUGAAGGAAGCGCUUCCCUGCACCGAGGUCGUCUUUGUCUCGCUGGACCACUCGGAGGAGGACAUGCUCAAAUACAUGGACGAGAGCCACGGAGACUGGUACGCCUUGAAGUACGACGACCCCUUCCGAAAGGAGCUGACAAGCAAGUACGUCAAAGGCAUCCCUACCCUGAUUGUUUUCAAGAUGGACGGCACGGUGAUCACUUCGAGUGGACGCGAACAGGUCCAGGAAGAGGGACCACAAGCUUUUCACAAGUGGACCGAUAUGUCAGUGAAAGACAUGGACAUCUUCAAGGGCAAGACGCUUGUGCUUAAGGAUGGCAGCGAGCACCCGGCGGAGAAGGCUCUCGGCAAUGCCAAAGCCGUGGCCCUGUACUUCUCGGCUCACUGGUGCCCGCCAUGCCGCAUGUUCACGCCAGUACUGGCCGAAGCAUACAAGGAAAUGAAGGACGAGUGUGCGGCACCUAUCGAAGUUGUCUUCAUCUCGUCGGACCGCUCCAACGCAGACAUGCUGAAAUACAUGGAAGAGAGCCACGGGGCGUGGUAUGCCAUUAAGCACGGCGACACAUUCCAACAGGAGCUGAAAACCAAGUAUGGCGUCAGCAGUAUUCCCACCCUCAUCGUCAUCAAGAGGGACGGCACUGUGAUAACUGCCAACGGACGCGGCGACAUACAAUCCGAAGGGCCCAGAGCCUUCGUCAAGUGGGCCGGUGCAGCAUAGGAUUGCCAAGCUCGCCCGCCUCUUCGCACUGUAGGCGUUUGCCUUAGAAGCUAGACUUGCCAGCUCUCUUAACAUUUGUGCUUCCAACCUAGCUUUCUAUUAGUUACUGUUGCUAAAACAAAAAAACAAACAAAAAUAUUGUUUUUCUGGGUCGCCAGUUGUUUACAGCUCAAAAGUAUACACGCUGCUGAAAUUAUUUACAUUUCUUUUUUAUCAGUGUCUGGGUUGUAUAGUACACACGGCUAAGGACUCCUUAAUCCGUCUGUGGUUUAUAUUAUACAUUAGAUACAUCUUUAAUACUAACCUCACAUUCUCUUUUACCCGGUGUCUAUUGUGCUUCCGGUUUAACAAGUAGAUGUAGUGCUCUUUUGCAAAUGCAUCAAUGUGAAUAUACAUUGCAGCAACUUAGUGAUAGCUGAAUGUCAUUCAAGCAUUUUCUUUUUGCAUGGCUCUCGACCAUUGUACAGAGCUGCCAUGGAUAUUCAGGGUGGUGUUGUUGCUGGUGAUAGUGAAGCGGGAAUUUCAAAAUGGACCGACAGCGGAUCAGCACGUGAAAUUUAUGAAGCCUCCAAUGCAGGUGAAAAAUAUCGACAUAACAUGCAUUUGCGAUUGCAGAUAUGUUUAUGUUGAAAAGUUGCAACUUCCGUUAUUCGGAUGAACCUGUUAUACAUGGCACAGUUGGGAGUGGGUGAAUUGCACACCACCUAAGGGAAAUUAAUUUUUCUGUUGCGCAGGCAGUAUCGCUCAUUUUUUGUAGUCGUACUGUCAUGGUUUUGUGUCAUGCAUCAACCACCCUUUUAUGUGAUUUUAUGUGCAACAUGCCUCACUGGAACAAAUUGCAUUGUGUCCACUGGCCCAGCCAACUGGAGCACACUGAAAGUGAUAACCCCAAAAGUGGUUGUUCAAUGAUGAGGGCAGAUUUAUGUUGCACUGCUGAAAAAGAAGGGUCCUUAAAGAUUUGUUGUCGGUCUGUUUAAGUACUUACGUGUAGAAGGAUGCUGUGGUUAAUUUUUAUUCAGGCUUUCGUCAUGCAAUACUUUUUUUUUCCUUUCAUAAAAGAAUAUUUUUACAUGUUGCAAGUAUUCUGCCUUACCUUUCAAAAGUAUAUUUUAUGUAUUGCGUGCCACUACCCAAGCUAGCCCAAAGACGCUGUUUUGCAUAGCUAUUCAGAGUAUAAUAUAUAUAUAUCUUUGUGGUACUAUACUAUAUUGUUUCAGGGAAUUGAUGUAUGCCUGUCUAACUUUACGACCAGUACCAAACCCGAUUUAUUUAACCCAAAGAAAUUGCUCCCUUAAUUUCAUCACUUUGACAUCCAACCUUCUUAUUUUAUUUUUUUCACUGCAUUUUAUAUAAUGUACUUUCACAGGCUAAAUAAACUCUUUGGCAA